CCUCGCGUUCUAGUCUCGUCUCUUGACCAGGCAGCCUUUUCCCUCUCGAGUUCCCCUGUAGUUUCCUUUUUCUCUCUCUUCCCUUUUGAAGAGGGAAGUUGGCGGUGGAUUUCAGCAGGGAGAGAUAAAGCAGUGCUCUAGGGGGGAGACUUUCAGAGAGAGCGGUAGGAAGGGAGGCAGCAAGAGGAGGAGGGUGAUGGCGAGCGAAGCGGCGAUGGGGGAAAGCCCGGGGGAGCGGUCGGAAGACAGCAGUUACCCUGACACAGCGAGUGACCCAGGUGGGCUGUCCGUCUUAGAGCAGCUGGGUCUGGACCAGAGCUCGGACUUCUCAGACACCACGGUGCAGCAGCGUCUUGAUGAGCAGAGGGAGAAGAUCCGCAGGGAGAUCAGGAAGGAGCUGAAGAUCAAGGAGGGGGCUGACAACCUCCGCAGGGCCACCACCGAUAAGAGGAAUGCCUCCCAGGUGGAUUCCCAGCUACGCAGCUCCAACCGUAAGCUGGAAGACCUGCAUGCUCACUUACAGGAGCUGGACGCUCACAUCAUGGUCAAAGGAGGAGACGACAAUAAGGAUGACCCACCCCAGUCCCCGGGGGCGGAGAGCCGCUCGUCAGCAAGCCAGGACCGCAUUGCCGCCCUGGAGAGACAGCUCAACAUCGAGCUCAAGGUCAAACAGGGAGCCGAGAACAUGAUUCCAAUCUACGCCAACGGAUCCACCAAGGACAAGAAGAUGCUGCAGACGGCCCAGCAGAUGCUGCAGGACAGCAAGACCAAGAUCGACAUCAUCCGCAUGCAGAUCCGCAAGAACGUGCAGGCCACUGAGCACACCGAGGACACACAGGGUAACCAGGACAUGUGUGGUGUGGAGCUGCGUAUUGAGGAGCUGAGGCACCACUACAGGGUAGAACACGCUGUGGCAGAGGGAGCUAAGAAUGUCCUCCGACUACUGGGGGCCAGCAAGGUCCAGGAUAAGAAGGCCCUGUCAGAGGCCCAGUGUCGUCUGAGUGAGGCGUCCCAGCGGUUGGACCUCCUGAGGGACUCUCUGGAUCAGCGUCUAGCCGACCUGCCGGAGGACCACCCCAAGGCCUGCCUCAUCAAGGAGGAACUAGUCCUGGCCUCCUCCCCGGCCUUCAGCUCCCGCCACAGUGCCCCCUACCUUCACAACCAGUACAGCACCCUCAGCAAGCCCUCCCCGCUCACUGGUACUCUCCAGGUGCAGCUGCUGGGCUGUGUGGGGGUGUUGGAGGUGGUCCCGGGGCGCAGUAAGGGCACGGCGGUCAUGUUGCCCUGCUACAGCCCCGGGGAGGGACGCUCCUUCAUGAACCGCAGCAGCAAGAGCAACCUGUACGCACGCAGCGGGAGCGUCAGCGGCAAGACUCCCAGCAAGACCGACGAACUCUCCUCGGAGGUGAGUGCGGUGCUGAAGAUGGAUAACUCAGUGGUGGGUCAGACAGCCUGGAAGAGUGUCGGGGAGCAGGCCUGGGAUCAGACCUUCACUGUGGAGCUGGAGAGGUCCAGGGAGAUGGAGAUAGCAGUGUACUGGAAGGACUACCGCUCGCUGUGCGCUCUCAAGUACCUGAAGCUGGAGGACUUCCUGGACAACCAGAAACACAAAGUUCAGCUGGAGCUGGAGCCUCAGGGUCUGCUUCUGGCUGAGGUGAUAUUCUUCAACCCGGUGAUUGAGAGAGCCCCACGCCUUCAGAGACAGAAGAAGGUCUUCUCCAAACAGCACGGCAAGGCUUUCCUGAGAGCUCGUCAGAUGAACGUUGACAUCGGGACCUGGGUCCGACUCUUGAGGAACGCAAUCCCCACUGUCAACAACACAGGAACCUACAGCCCCAAUGCACACAACCUCAACUCUGGGGAGAUCUCAGUGGAGAAACUAAGUCUGGACAGUGACUCUCCAGUCAGGCAUGAUUACAGGAGAGACUCUGAUAAUAACACCCCGGAGCGGUUGCCAGUGAUUGAGCCCUUCUCUCCCCCAGACCUCACCCCUGAUCGCCCUGCCCAAACCCCCCCUCUGAGCAGUAAACAUAAGAAACCCCUGUGCCUCCAGGACUUCAGGCUGAUCGCUGUGCUGGGCCGGGGACACUUUGGAAAGGUGCUGCUGUCAGAGUAUAAGAAGACCGGAAGUAUAUACGCCAUCAAGGCCCUGAAGAAAGGAGAUAUUGUUGCGCGGGACGAGGUGGAGAGUCUGAUGUGUGAGAAGCGUAUCUUUGAGACGGUGAACGUCUCCCACCACCCCUUCCUGGUCAACCUGUUUGCGUGUUUCCAGACCCCGGAACACGUGUGCUUCGUCAUGGAGUACACGGCUGGCGGUGACCUCAUGAUGCACAUCCACGCUGAUGUCUUCACUGAACCACGGGCUGUGUUCUAUUCAGCCUGUGUGGUUCUGGGGCUGCAGUUUCUCCAUGACCACAAGAUUGUGUACCGAGACCUUAAACUAGACAACUUACUGCUGGAUACAGACGGAUAUGUAAAGAUUGCCGACUUUGGACUCUGUAAAGAAGGGAUGGGCUAUGGGGACAGGACCAGUACGUUCUGCGGUACUCCAGAGUUCCUGGCCCCUGAGGUCCUGACCGACACCUCUUACACCAGAGCAGUGGACUGGUGGGGCCUGGGGGUCCUCAUCUAUGAGAUGCUGGUGGGAGAGUCGCCCUUCCCUGGUGACGAUGAGGAGGAGGUGUUUGACAGCAUCGUGAAUGACGAGGUCCGCUACCCACGAUUCCUCUCCACAGAGGCCAUCGCCAUCAUGAGGAGGCUGUUGAGGAGGAACCCAGAGAGGAGACUAGGCUCUGGUGAGAAAGAUGCUGAUGAGAUAAAGAAACAGCCUUUCUUCCGGGGUCUGGAUUGGGAGGCCCUGCUACAGAGGAAGCUGCCCCCUCCCUUCGUUCCCUCCAUCAAGGGCCGAGAGGACGUCAGCAACUUUGACGAGGAGUUCACCGCCGAGCCUCCCGCCCUGACGCCGCCGCGCGAGCCCCGCACGCUCUCUCGCAAGGACCAGGACAGCUUCUGCGACUUCGACUACGUCUCCGACCUCUGCUAGGGGUCGAGAGGUUGUGACCUCUAUCACAUCAUCAUCAUAUGAGGAUCAUGGGGUCACGGCAGUCUGCAAGGGUGGUCUGCUGCAUCCACCACACUGUGAAUGUGAUAUGAGAAACGGAGAAGGGUCAGUCUGUAGUGUAGUCUACGUCUGUGUGGGAGGUAUGAACUAGAGGAGAUUAAUGCAGACCCAGGCCAAGACUCUGUGACUGUGUUUUUUUUUUUACACUGCAGCAGCAUCUCACAGAACUGUGAGAAGGGGCCCGUCAAGAAGACUGGUGGUUGAUGAGAAAUGAAGUUCUGUUACAAUGAGACGUGGCUAUGUUUUCCAAAGGAAAAGAAGACAGAAAAAAAGAAACUGUGACGCCCGCUAAGCUUGUGCCACCUCCUCCCUAUCUAGAACACUCCAAUGGCUGUGUCCUUACAAGAACUUGUCAUAAAAUGUGUAACUUCGACUACACAGUCAACCCCUUUUAACUUUGCCUUCCAGUUCCAUCCUCCUUUGUGCCAGUGUUGUUGUCUGCUCUGAGUCUGCUCUGACGUCUGAGGAUCUCCAUGUAACGUUCAGGGUUGGGAUCCAUUCCAUUUCAAUUCAGUCAAUUCAGGAAGUCAAUUGGAAUUUCAGUUUAUUUCCUGAAUUGAAAUGGAAUGGACCCCAACCCUGGUUCCUUCAUACUGUGACAAAACACAAAUAAUAUUUGGGAGAGGGUGUGGUGGGGUGGGGUGGGUGCAUGGCUUGAAACGAUGCCUUACAUUUCUACUGGGAUCUAUAGAAAUGCAUUUCAUUUUGUUAUUUUGUGUUCCCUGGUAACUAACUGUGGUCCCUGGUAACUAACUGUGGUCCUUGGUAUGCAAUGAGGGUGAUAAUGUUUUACAUUAAUGCUAAGAGGAGAAAAGGAAGUACCUCCAUCUGCCUAUCAAAAUGAUUGCUUGGAGGAAGUUGAAUUAACAGUGUGUAGAAUCGUCUAUAUAUAUGUACUCUACAUUGUUACAAUGUUGUGAACAAUCACCCAUCAAGUUACCCAAUGCUAGUCUUGUGUCAACAGAAGGGUAAAGAACCACUGCUUGGAGGAACGGUCAAUUCUGAUCCAACCAGAUCACUAGUGCAUUCACAAUGGGCAAUUGUUGCCCUUUUAACAUUCUUUAAAAUGUUCUGAUUUUAGUUAUUAUGGGGGGGGGGGAAUCAACGGCGACAGUGCUUUUGGUUCUGUUUUUGGUUGAUAAUGAAGUCGUUGAGAAAAGCAACAGAGAGCAUUAUUGAAUUUAUCCUGUUGCCUUUUAAUUGGUCCAAUCUGUGAAUUUUAUAUAAGGGUGUGCCAUGUGGCAGUCUACACCUGUGCCAUUUGGUCAUAUCUGAACACACAAAAGAAAGGCUGAAGGAUGUCUCGUUCCAAACAUGUAAAUAUUCACACAAACGUACACACACUGAGAGACUUUAAUGCUCAAGACACUCAAAUUCAAUCAGUGGCAUGAAGCGGAAACACAUCCAAGCAAUGAAUCAUGCUCAAUGCUUCUCCAGGUUGAAGUGACCAUUAAGAACGGAUCUAGGAUCAGUUUGUUCUAACCGCAUCCAUUAGGAAAAGAAAACUGACCUUAGAUCAGAAUUUAGAGGCAGCUUCAUCCUCCAACUACAGUACAUGCUCAUCUGCAGAAGUCAAUAGAAAACAAACUUUACCUCCCUUGUCUCUGUGUAUGGGGGUGUGUUUUGAAUCAUGUUUGUCUGGUUGCAGACUCUACUUAUCUUGUGUACGACUAUACAAAAGGAAGUGAAAGUAUGAGAUUAGUUAUUUAUAAAGAACAUCUGUUGGGAAAA